AUGCCACCCAAGGCCCCCAAACCCACAAGCGACGAGCUUUUAGCUCAAUUUGACGAUCUCGGUCUCGAAAAAUCUGGUCAAAUACCAAAGCCAGCCGCAACCGAUGCCAAGGGUGGACAGGAAGAAGAUAUCCUGGCCGAGCUAGAUCACCUAGCUACACAGCGUCCAGCCAGCGGACCAGGCACUCCCCGUCUGUCCAUCGACAAGCCUAGAUCAUCUACACGGUCUCCCCGACCAAGCACGACUAUUGAACGCCCGACCGAAGACAAGGCAUCGAUCCGCCAAUCUGAAGAGACGGGUCGGCCCCCCGCAGAAACCAAGAAAGAGCAACCCAAGGCCGAGCCUGAGAAUGUCCCACAACAAUCCACAGAAGAGAGUGGUGGUGGUUGGUGGGGUGGCUGGGGAGGUGGUUUGUAUGCUACUGCCACCGCCGCUAUGAAGCAAGCCGAGGCGGCUGUCAAGGAGAUCCAGAACAACGAGGAGGCACAGAAAUGGGCCCAGCAAGUCAAGGGCAAUGUCAGUGCUCUCCGCGAUCUCAGCGGCGAGCUUCGCGACAGAGCUAUUCCAACCUUCACCAGUCUCAUCCACACCCUCGCACCUCCCAUUUCCUCGCAUGAACGUCUCCAAAUCCACGUCACCCAUGAUCUCUCUGGCUACCCAGGCAUCGACCCACUAGUCUACGCAGUCUUCUCACGAGUAAUGUCCCAAGUCGAAGGCGGCGACCUACUUGUCAUCCAGCGAGGCCAAGAAUCCUCCCCCAAGCGCAACGACGUAACGGGACUCAUGACCAGCGCAGGCUGGAACGACGGGCCAUGGUGGCGAACCGUGACCCCAGGCCAACCACGCAGCAUCAACUCCGUGCUCGGCGCCGUAGAAGGCUCAAAGCUCGCCCGGGCUAGCGCCGAGUCCUACGCCACAGAGUACUUCUCGACCCGCGGCGGAGUCGAAAAAGCCGCCGAGCAUGCCUCGGAAGUCCUGAGUGAAUCCAAUCCCGUCCGUAGCAGUGAUAUUUUCCUCGCCAUCCAGGCCAUCAGCCAGAAAACGUCCAAGGAUCUUUUCCAGGCUGGUGCUGCCGAGAAGGACGACGUGGAAGCUGAGCAGGAAGAGGAAAUUACUUUCGCUCUGUACCUCCACGAUCCCAUCCAUGGAAUCGCCUUCCAUGUAAUCUCCCAAGCUAUCCCACAAACAUGGAUCGAAUGGCUCGACGCAUCGGUCCCUGCACCCGUGGACCCCGACUCCGAAGACGAAAAGGCCCAACGUGUCGUCGUCCCAGAUGCCAUUGCCGAGAUCAUCGAGAGUGGAGGCGUCGAUCCCCGCGAAUGGGUUUCCGAGUGGAUCGAGGAGACUCUCUCGCUGGCCGCUGGUACUAUUGCGCAGCGAUACGUGGCUCGCCGCAUGGGCGUUGGAGAGAGUGCCGUUGGCAAGGGCAAGAUGCGCGCUGAGCAGGCUUCUACCGUCGAGAGUGGCGCCGGCGAAGCCGCUCGCGCAAUCUAA